AUGUUAAAAAUAAUUAUUUUUGUUUCUUUGUUCGUCGCCCAUACAUUUGUGUCCGCAGAGUACAUAUUCAAAGGAUUUGACGAUAAAUUCCAACCGGAUUGGUGGCAAUCGGAUAUUAUCUAUCAAAUUUACGUUCGUUCUUUUAAAGACAGUAACGGCGAUGGAAUCGGAGAUUUCAAUGGUAUUACGGAAAAAGUGGAUUAUUUUAAAAGUAUAAAUGUAGGAGCGGUUUGGUUAUCUCCAAUAUUUCAAUCUCCACAAGAUGAUUUUGGUUAUGACGUGUCAAACUUUAAGCAGGUGGACCCAUUAUUCGGUACCAUGGCGGACUUUGACCGGCUGAGGGAUGCAUUCCACCAAAGAGGUAUAAAAGUAAUAUUGGACUUUGUGCCAAACCACACAAGUGACGAACAUCCGUGGUUCAUCAAAUCUGUACAGCGUAAAGAACCUUACACGAAUUACUAUGUGUGGAAAGACCCAAUUAUCGAUGCAAGUGGUAACAGAACACCUCCGAAUAACUGGUUGGGAGUUUUCAAUACUGGGUCUGCCUGGCAGUGGAACGAAGAACGUCAACAAUACUAUUACCACGCUUUUCAAGUAAAACAACCAGACUUGAACUACAGAUGUCCAAUGGUCGUGGAAGAAAUGAAGAACAUCAUACUAUUUUGGCUGGGACGUGGUGUAGACGGAUUCAGAUUUGACGCUGUCAAUUAUCUAUACGAAAGGGAAGAUUUAGAGAAUGAAUCAAAAUCUUACAAAGUCGGCAUACCGGACACUGAUUACGACUCGUUGAUACACAACAUGACAUUAGAUCAACCGGAAACAUAUGAAAUGGUGCGCGUUUGGAGAGAACUGUUAGACGAUUAUUCGACAUCCGAAAAAAUAACCAACUUCUUUAUGGUGGAAUGUUACUCACCAUUGCUCAACACUAUGAAGUACUACGGCAACGCGUCAUCUCCUGGAGCUCAUUUUCCGUUCAACUUUUUGCUCAUCAAUGCUUUCAAUCAGCAAUCCGACGCCUACGAUGUGGACAACGUGAUUAAAUCCUGGAUGCUGAACAUGCCCGAAGGCCAGUGGCCCAACUGGGUGCUCGGCAAUCAUGACAAUUCACGAUUAGCGUCCAGAACGAACCCGUUGUUGGUGGACGGCCUACACAUGACUCAACUCCUACUUCCGGGAACCCCGAUCACGUACUACGGUGACGAGAUGGGUGUCCAAGACACGUAUGUCCGAUGGAGCCAGACCGUGGAUCCGGCCGGACGUAACGUCGGCAUAUCGCGGUACACGAAAUUCAGUCGAGAUCCCGCCAGAAGCCCGUUUCCCUGGGAUGACUCUGUGAACGCCGGUUUCACCAACGGAACGAAUGGAACGUGGCUUCCUGUCAACCCGGACUAUUGGCACGAAAACUUGGUUCAGUUGUCCAAGUUUAAGAGUCACCUUAAGACGUACAGACAAUUGUCGCGGUUGAGACAGAACCCCACAAUCAUUAAAGGAGACUUGCACGUAUACGUGCUGUCUAAAUGGGUGUUCGGUUUUUCGAGGAGUUUUUAUGAUCAUCCAACUUUCUUCGUCGUCAUUAACUUCGGCAGUGAAUUGGAAACAGUUAAUAUAAAAGAAGUUAGACAAACGUUACCAAAAACAUUAAAAGUCAAAGUUUCAAGUGUAAACUCGGGUUAUGUAACUGGUAAUAUAGUAAAUUCAACUACUUUAUAUUUGAGACCAAAAGCAGCUCUUGUUCUCUCAACAGCAAAACCUAAUGAAGACAAUUAA